AUGUUACAACAACGACUGCUGUUAAUCCAACUCUCCUGCUGGUUAACAUUUGUAUCAUCCGUUGCUGCAUUUGUCGAGACAAAGCAAGAUUGCCAAGCUACAUGUGGUAAUGUUAGUAUUCCUUACCCAUUCGGGAUAACUGUUGGAGGUGAAGAUGAUACUCGGGGAGCAGGAGCGUGCUCCAUUUAUAGAGUUGGGUAUGGCUAUAGUGUUAACUGUAAUACUUCUUAUAACCCUCCAAAGCCCUUUAUUGGCACAAGUAGUAAUCUUGAAAUAUUAGGUAUAACAGAAACUGAAAUUCACUUAAAAACCCUUCCAGAUAUCUUAUGUUACAAUAGGCAUCGUGAUCCGGAGCUGAAUAUAUCGAGCGACGCCAUGAGUUUGUUUGAGACCUCGUUUACGUUCUCAGCCACAAGGAACAAACUAUUUUCCAUUGGGUGUGGAAGUUCAGGGCUUACCUCUGGUUACAAGCUGGCUGAGAAGGUUCAGCCCACCUCCUCCUCGUGUGAUGCAUGGUGUGACACUUUGGAAGACGUGAACGAAGAAACUUGCGAUGGCGGUGGGUGCUGCCAGGUUAGCAUCGCAAAGGGGCUAAAAGAAAUUGAGGCUGAUUUGUUGUGGAAACCUAAUACUACUGACACAAACUUGUUAUCCUUCAACCCCUGCAGUUACACUUUUGUAGCUGAUUAUGAACAGUUCACGUUUUCUGCAUCGGAUCUUACGGCUGAACCGACCAGAGAUAUUCCUAUUCUUGUUGAUUGGGCAAUAGGGACUACGACAUGUGAAGAAUCACAAAUGAAUUUAACCACUUUUGCAUGCCAGGAAAAUACUCAUUGCAGCGAUUCAGGCAACAAUCCCGGGUAUCGCUGCACUUGCAAUGAAGGUUACAAGGGGAAGUGGGGAACCCUUAUCUUAGUCCCGGAUGCAGAGGUAUAUGUGAAUGAGUGUGAGGAUCAAAACAACAAUCCGUGUGUAGAGAUAUGCAUCAAUACCAACGGGAGCUUCAAUUGUGCAUGUCCAGAGGGCAGUCAUGGAGAUGGGAGGAAAGAUGGGUUAGGCUGCACUAGAGACUCUAAAUUUCUACUUAUAACAGUUGCUCUUGGUAUCGGUUUAGGGUUCUUAUUUUUGAUAAUCGCCAGUUCUUGGUUACACUUGAUCUAUAAGAAAAGAAAAUUAAUCAAACAGCGAGAAAAAUACUUUCAGCAAAACGGUGGUUCCCUACUAAAAGGACAAUUAGCUUUAAAUGAAGGCGGAGUAGAAACUUCAAAAAAUUUUACAGAAAAAGAGCUAAAAUCAGCGACCAACAAUUAUGAUGAGAGUCUGGUCCUUGGUAGAGGAGGCUUUGGAACUGUUUACAAAGGAACCUUAUGUGAUGGUCGUGUAGUCGCCAUUAAGAAGUCAAAAGAAGAUGACCAGAGUCAAAACGAACAAUUUAUAAACGAGGUUGUUAUUUUAACUCAGAUUAAUCACCGAAACGUGGUAAAGCUCUUAGGGUGCUGUCUAGAGGUUGAAGUUCCCUUGCUAGUUUAUGAAUACCUUUCUAAUGGCACUCUCUUCCAACAUAUCCAUUCCGGCAGUGAAGUGCCUUCAAUUUCCUGGGAAAGCCGAUUGAGAAUAGCCGCAGAAACUGCUGGUGCGCUUGCUUAUUUACACUCAUCCACUACUAUACCAAUAAUUCAUAGAGAUGUCAAGUCUGCCAACAUACUUUUAGAUGAAAAUUACAUCGCAAAAGUUGCAGAUUUUGGAGCAUCAACGUUGAUUCCUUUGGACCAAACAAAAUUAGCCACAGUAGCACAGGGGACCCGAGGAUACAUGGAUCCAGAGUACUUCAAUACAAGUCAACUGACAGGAAAGAGUGAUGUCUAUAGCUUUGGUGUGGUUCUUCUUGAACUCUUGACUGGAAAAAAGCCUAUUUUUUCCGAGACGCCUGGAGAACUAAAAAAUCUUGCUGCAUAUUUUAUUUCUUUGAUGGAAGAAGACAAAUUGUUCCAAUUUCUUGACGCGCGAGUAGUAAACGAGGCAACAACAAAACAAGUUAUUGCAGUUUCCGAGCUUGCCAAGAGAUGCCUUAACUCGAUGGGUGAUAAAAGGCCAACAAUGAAACAAGUAGCAUCAGAGCUAGAGAGCUGGAGAGGGAUCGAGACAACUGCAUCCUCUUGUCAUCAUGAAACAAAUACAAUCUUACCGACUGAUCCAAGAGACCUUUAUACUGCUCCACUUUUUGCCUCCACAACUACUGUUGAUUCUGCGCAAUAUAGUUUUGGUGCAGGUAUAACAGACUCGAUAAGCAUCCCUAGAUGA